UCGACUGAAAAGGAAAAUGCUGAUGCGUGCAGCGAUGCAGACGAGGGUGGGUCCAAGCCACAGUCGUGCCAUCACCAGCGCCACCAUCCACACGAACAUCGCCACCGUAAGUCGCCGAUUGCAGCAGAUUCAUGGACCAUUCCAAAAAAGCCUAAGGCCGCCGGAACUCUGCCCCCUGCGACACGUGAUGAGAUGCCGUCGUCAGGCUCUCCUGCACUCGGCCGUCGGGACAGCACUUCCAGCAUUGCUUCUUCGCACGCCAUGGCGCAGCCGACGUUGAGUCGAAGGGCCAGCACGUCCAGCAUGGACAUGUUUCCGCGUUUGAAACAUGCGGGGGGUACUAGCAACGACAAAGACCCCCCGUUGAACCGACGCCGAGAGGAGUCCGAAUGCAAAACGAGCCGAUGGGCCCCCAAUCCUCCACUAUCUGAAGCCCCAUUGAGUUCGCUCGCGCAGGACAAUUCGACUCCUCAUGCAGCGAAGACAUGCUCGCUUGCGAUGGACCUGUCCCAGAUUCGAGUUGACGUUGCCACCGUGUCUCGCUGCGUGUACUUUUCCCAGUUGGGUCGCCACAUCACUGAAUCCGCUCUCGACCAGCUCUGCCGCCCGUAUGGACUCGAGAUCGACCCGUCGACGACGUUUCCUCGGAUUGAAGUGUUCAUGUGCCAGCGCACGCUUCGUCCCCGCCGCGAUGCCGCCGUGUACUUCAACUCGCCCGGCGACGUAACUCGUGCAAUUCCAACCCUGCAAGGGCUUCGUUUCGGUGCCAAGCAGAUUGCGUUGAACGUGCGGGCGAUGGACGAAGGGACGUAUCGAGUGCUGCUUGCUCAACAACGACACAACGAUCGACCGAAGUGGACGUGUGUGCAGUGCCGCACCUCCGUGCUUGGUUGGCGCCUCCACUGCGACUCGUGCAAUGCGCAACGCGUAUUUCCUCCACCUGACUCGGAUAUCUCUCCCACGGACUGGCUGCCGUACGUCCAAUAG